UCUUAGCAGGCAAAACAAGAAUUUGUAAAGGACAAAUCGUUUUGAGACUUUUUCCAAAUAAAACCCUAGCACCUCAUUGUAUGCUCAAUGUCAACAUCUCUUCAGCCUCUUCCAAUCUCCCACACAGUGCACUCGCCAUCCCUUCUCCCUUACAAAGUGGCUGAUUGAUCAUCUCAAGUUUCUUGAUAAUCCAUUGUACAUUGGUGGUGACUCCUACUCUGGUUUGGUUGUUCCAUCAUUGUUCAGGAAAUUUUAACCGGUAAUGAACUUGGGCAUCAACCAACAAUGAACCUACAAGGAUAUUUGUUGGGCAAUCCAGUGACAGAUGUCCAUGAUGACCAAAAUUCAGCUAUCCCAUAUGCUCAUCGUGUAUCACUCAUUUCAGAUGAAAUCUAUGAGUCAACUAAACAAAGUUGCUAUGGUGAAUAUAUGAAUAUAGAUCCAAACAAUGCAGCAUGUCUAUAUUAUUUUCAAAUUGUCUCUGAUAUUUGAUGAUGCAAUAGCAGCGGCUCAAAGAGCAGCACGGCUGGACUCAAGCAACAAGGAAGUGAACAUUGUGGUUAGGAGGACACGGGCGGUGGCAAUGGCUCAAUCCAACGGUAACGAUUUGUUCAGGGGAUAAAGAUACUCAGAGGCUUGUGUUGCAUAUGGAGAGGGACUCGGCCAUGACCCCUACAACUCGGUGUUGUUGUGCAACAGAGCCACUUGCAGGUCCAAACUUAGUCAAUUUGAGAAAGCAAUCAAGGACUGGACUGCUGCCCUUAAUGUGCGCCCAUCUUACAGGAAAGCCAGAUUAAGAAGAGUCAAUUGCUAUGCCAAGGUUAUGGCAAGCAAGACAAAGAUCUAUAUUGUGCUCGAGUAUGUUGGCGAGGGCGAGCUUUUUGACAAAAUAGCCAAACUAGGAAGACUUAAAGAGGAUGAGGCUAGGAGAUAUUUUCAGCAGCUCAUUAAUGCCGUAGACUACUGCCACAGUAGAGGCAUGUACCAUAGAGACUUAAAGCCCGAGAACCUGCUUCUAGACUCAUUUGGUGUUCUCAAGGUUUCAGACUUUGGAUUGAGUGCAUUUUCCCAGCAAGUGCGGGAAGACGUGCUGUUUCACACUGCCUGUGGAACCCAAAUUAUGUUGCUCCUGAGGUGCUCACCGAUAAAGGUUAUGAUGGUACAGCAGCUGAUAUAUGCUCUUGUGGGGUCAUUCUGUUUGUUCUUAUGGCUGGAUACUUGCCUUUUGACGAGCCGAACCACAUGGCUUUGAAAGCAGUCAAGAACUUAGUUUUUUCAAGUGUUUUUAAUUUUUUAAUAUAUGUAAUCACAGGUACAUUUUUUUUUAUUAAUUUCUUUGUAUAUACUUUUGAACAUUUAACUUUCAUUUAUGAAAUAUAUGACGUUAUUCCAUUCAA